UAACGAAAGAUUUAAAGAAAACCCGAAUGGUGUUGUCAGGUACAUUAGUCAUGCGCAUACCCAACUUCCUACCCGAAAAAGCUGUAGAUUAUUAUUGUAAAAGUGCACUGAGUUUUGCAAUUCCCCUUUCUUAUCCAUAGACCAUGGCUCAGGCUGUGCCAAUGGAACCAGCUCUUGGUCUGGACCCAAACGCAGUACAACAGCAGCAGGAGCAGGGGAGCAUGUAUGGAUGUCUGGCCAAUUUUGAAAUUGACAAAAGAAUUGGAAAAGGACAGUUUUCUGAAGUUUUUCGUGCAAGAUGUAAGAUAGACAACAGUGUUGUUGCCUUGAAGAAAGUCCAGAUAUUUGAAAUGAUGGAUGCAAAAGCCAGACAGGAUUGCAUUAAGGAAAUAGGACUUCUUCAACAAUUGAAUCACUUGAAUGUGAUUAAGUAUUUGUCAUCUUUCAUUGAGAACAAUGAAUUGAACAUAGUACUAGAGUUAGCUGAUGCUGGAGAUCUCUCCAGAAUGAUCAAGCAUUUCAAGAAACAUAAGAGACUGAUCCCUGAAAAGACAAUAUGGAAGUACUUCAUCCAGAUAUGUAGUGCUCUAGAACAUAUGCAUAGCUGCAGAAUCAUGCACAGAGACAUCAAACCUGCUAAUGUGUUUAUAACAGCAGAGGGAAUAGUCAAAUUGGGUGAUCUAGGCCUGGGGCGAUUCUUCAGCUCCAAAACCACAGCUGCACACUCUCUAGUGGGAACACCUUAUUAUAUGUCACCUGAGAGGAUCCAUGAAACAGGGUACAACUUUAAGUCCGACAUGUGGUCCCUGGGCUGUCUACUGUAUGAGAUGGCGGCUCUUCAAUCACCUUUCUAUGGAGACAAGAUGAAUCUUUAUUCUUUAUGCAAGAAAAUUGAUCAAUGUGAUUACCCCCCUCUACCAGCUGACUGUUACUCAGAGGAGUUAAGGAAUUUGGUUGCCCUGUGUAUUAACCCAAACCCAGAGCAAAGGCCAGAUAUAACUUAUGUGUACAAUGUAGCACAGAUAAUGCAUGCCAGACACCAGUCCCAACCUAGUAUUCAACAACAGGUUCAAAUGCAGCAGCAACAACAGGCUUUUGAGGUACAACAACAACAACAGAUGCUGGCUCAACAACUGCAGGAUCCUCACUUACAACAACAGAUGUUCCUACAGCAGCAACAACAACAACAAAUGAUGCAGCAGAGCAUGCCAGGACAACCAGUCCCCCAACAACAGAUGGUCAAUCCUCAGAUGACCGCUGCUCACAUCAAUACUCAGUUCACUGACCAGUAGGAUCGGUCACCACCAGGUGAAGACAACACAAGCUUUAAUAAGCGGAAUCGUGAAGCAAGCAUUGGAAAUAGAGAUGCUAACCAUGACCCUUCAAUGUUGAUCUUUUUUUCCCACCCAUUAGCUAUUUUAUACAACAUAUUGUUGUUAUUUUAGACGCUUUUAAGGUAUAAAUGUCUGUAAAUGUCCAGAAAGAAAAAUGAAUUACAGAACAAAGUCUGUUUUAAAAUAUUGUAUACUUUACAGAACAGAAGUUAGAUUUGAUAAACUCUUUGUCACCCAUGAUUUUCUAUGGGUUUAUCUGCUUUAAAUGACACAGACUAUAAUUUUAAUUAAGAUAUAAAACGUGUGAAAAAGUAGAAAGAUAAGUGUAGACUUAUCAAUUUGUACACUUUCUGUAUCAUUGAAUGAUGAUCUAUGACCAAACACAGUACAUGUUUGGUGCACUGUACACACUUAAAAUAUUCAUUGAUGCUGUAUACAGGGUUAUUUUCCCUCUUUCAUACUUGCAAACAAUUCUGCCCCAUUUUAAAUUCAUAGUUUUGUUUAAGAAAUUUUACUGUAUUCUUUGAAUUUGCCCCUUUUAAAUUCUCCCAAAUAAGGGUAGGGCGAAAGGGGCAAAAAAUUUUCCUGUAUACAGUACAUUAUCAACUCAAGGUGGAUAAAUUUAAACCACACAGUAUUUAUUUUCCAGAUUCGAAAUAAUCAUGAUUAAAAAAUCCAUUUUACAAAAGAAUUGUUAAAUCAAGUGGUAGCUUUUCAUGUUUAUUUUCCAAUAGACUUGUGGUUGGAGUUCUGUGAGAAAUCUUAUCAUAGGGCAUUAAAUUUACAGGUUUCUAUUAUAAACCACUGAAACCAGUAAUUAAUCAGAGUCAAGUCUUCAAGAGGCCAUAAAUGGUGUGUGAACUGUUGAAUUAAUAUAUAUUAUAUAGAUAUAUUUACUGAUUUGAAUGAUGUUUAUCUGACAAAGAUUGUGAUUUACACAGAAUCUGAAGUAUAUUUUUUAAAAAGUGUUCAAGAUUAAAGCUUGUUUAUUUCAAAUUUUAAAGUUGUUGCAUUGUGCAAUGUUUGAGUGUUAGAGAGUGAGUGAGGAAAUGAUGGCCGGCCAUCAUCUGAGAACAAACAAGAUAUUCUAUCAAUUUCCAGGAAAUCCUAUUUAUGUAAAUAUAUAUUCAGUGUUUGUUUAUUAGUAAAAGAAUAUGAUUUAAGUUUUGUGUGCGAUAUUGUCUUGGUGUUUCGUUUCAUUAUAAUGCCUGUGAUGAUUUGUUUGGUUGUAACAGAAAUAACCAAGAGACCUAUUUUAUCAUGGAUACCAGUAUAUUAACAAGAAAUGAAAUCCUAUAUUUUAAUGUUUUUAUUUUGUUUUACUCUCUCUAUACACGUAUUAAGUAUUGUGUUUAUUUCAAAAUGCAGUAAAAUUGUCUUAUCCAGAAACCACUGGUUCCACAGAAUUUGGUCAACAUUAGAUGACAUUUCAGAUUAUAGACAAUAUUGUAAAUAUCUUAAUUUACUGAAAGUUUUCAUCAUACGAUAUAGUCAGGAUUUCAGUAUACACAAGAUCUGGGUUAGACAAGUUUUACUGUAUCAUUCCCAUCUCAGGCUACAGUGUAAAGCUUUAAUGUACAUGUAUACUAGUAUUAAAUUCCUUGUGUGCUUUAAAAAAAAUAUUGAAUUAAUAUUAAAUGUUGACAUGUGAAUAAUGUCAAGUUACAUGUUGUAAACUCAUCAUUUCUUAACAUUUUGUUUACUCAGAAAAAUUAUGCUAAACUAGAUUAAUCCAAAGGAAUGCUUAUCUUUCAUUAUGCACCACUCUAUUGAAAUCUCAGGGUCCACACAGGAUUCAAUGAAUAAGAACUUGAUUUGUUAUCCUCAAUUCUCUUUUACGUCACUAAUCACCAAUAAUCUCUCAUUUCUUCUUUAAGGGAGCAGACUGGGGUUUUCAUUGGGUAAUACUAGUGCAGCUUAUUUAAAAUUUAAAAGUAACUUUUUUCCCAAUAUCAAGUGAAACAAAGUUAAGGAAUCACUGUUUAAAAACACAGAAUUACAAUUUUUUAAAAAAAUUAUUUUUUCCAAACAUUUUUAUAAAACUGAUAGGUGUACUACGUGGAUGUUGUAAAUAGUGUGUUUCUGAGGCUAUGAUAAAGCGGGAGUCAUAAUGUAAUACACGAAAGCUCAUGAAAUCUUAAACACAGGAAUUUGAAACUAAAAAUUAUUUUCCGAUAUAGAAUUGAAGUUUUCACACAAAGAAAUCCAAGUCGCCUCCCUUAAAUAUACACUUAGAGAGGACUUCCUGUGAGAGCAUAAUAAACAUAAGCAAUAAGCAAUCUAUUGUAGGUAUUGAUAAUUUUUUAUUAUUUAGAUAUGAAUCAGUUUGGUUUAACAUCCAUUUGUUGUUUAUUAUCAUGUUUUUUUUAAAAGUUCAUUUAUAUAUAUGUAUAUAGUCUGAUGUGUUUUUGCUUUAUGUGCGUUUUAAAGGAGAAUUCCGUCCAUGUUGUUUUAGGACAAAUGUCACAAGAUCACCAGUAUACGAAGAGAAUGAAAUAGUUGCACAAUUUAAAAUAAAGCAUGACUAUGCAAGAAUAAGAAAAAACACACCCUGUUUAAGUUGAAUUCUUGUUGUAAAGAAAUUAAACUCGGAGGAUUUAUUUGAAUCUGAAAAGCCAUUACUUUUACUGUCUCAAGAUCUAAACUGAUCUCCACAGUAGUCAAUUGAUGUUUAUAUUACUGAAAUCUCUGUACAUUACUGCUAUAGAAGUAUCCCCUUUUUUUCUUAAUUCUUUUUCAAGCUUAGUUUCUAAAUGUGUGAUACAUGUACUUUUUACUUUCACUAAUCAUUUGACAGUAUCCUGGUCUUUUGUAGGUAGUAGGGACCAGAGGAACAUUCCAAGCUAUUUUUUAAAUUAUGUAAAUAGUACUUAAUUUAUUGACAAAAUGUGCCACACAUCCAUCAAUGUUGAAUAAUCAUGGUAAAUAAAAAGUUACCAUCCACAA